AUGGCCUCCAAAGCCUCCCCCGCAAUCCCCUCCAAGCCAAAAGUGAAGCAAAUCACGAACUCACGCCGCCUCCUAAUCCUCGCACCGCCAGUACAAUCUGUCUCAAUCAUUCCUCCUCUCUUACUCGCACUCACCGAAGUCCCAGUACACGACCUCCCACAACAAGAACAAUCCCCUCCAGCCGAAGCAUCAUCGUCAACUACCCCGCCAAAAGACGAAGACACUACCUCUCCCGUACCACCAGACACAACAACCUCGUUCGCAGGCUACACAACCCACAGUCCUCUCCGCCUAAACACAAAAUACUACUCAGCCGAGAUCCCAAUAUGGGUUGACGAAGUCCCUUUCCCUGGAAACGAGGAAACAACCCCAUCCCAGACAUCUACCGAUGCCAGCGUACAACAAUGGCGCACGGAAUUCCUUAGUGAUGAGGCUGAGGUCGUCCGUGAUGCCGUCGGUGCACUACUAGUCUGCGUUAGGAACCCAAGUGAGACGGAUCCUCGUCCUGGUUCUGAUCCUGCUUCGCGCGCCGACGUGCGCGCGGUACUGGAUCUCAUGCGUGAUAUCGGGGCUGUGAAGGAGCGCAUUGAUGAGGAGCGUGGGGGUAUAGGCGGUGAUGUCUCUGGUAUAUUUGUUCUAGUUGGGGCAGCGAAGAGUGACAUGCCGGGAUCUACAUCUACGUCUGCUGGUGCUUGUGAUUCCGAUGAGAUGGGAUUGGGCCUUGAUGAUGACGAUUUGGGAACUGAGGACGUGCCGUUUUCUGCUUCUUGGUGGGAGGACAUUUUGUUUGACUUGGGGUGUAUUGGGUGGGAGGUUGUUGAGUGGGAUCCGAAGGGACAGGGUGAGAUGACGAAGAAUAAAUUUGGAGAGUAUGAGGGCAUGCCGCGCAUCAAGGAGGUACUGGAAACACACGACUGGACUGGACCUGGGGAAUCGCGUGAUCCAGAUGCGGACCAGGAGCUGGAUUUUGACUUCGAUGAUGAUCUCGAGGCCGGAUUGCUGAGUGGUAGCAAAUCACGUACCCGCGGUUUCGGGCAGGAAGUCCAAGAGUUGGAGCGCGAGAUGCUCGGUUUGCGCAUGGCGAUUGAGCAUGGUGGCGAUGAUGGCGACGAAGGAGACUUUGGCGACUUUGAGGAUGGGGAUGAUGAAAUCAAGGUUGAGUCUAUGGAGGGCCUUAUGAUGCGUGUACAGGCUAUCAAAGAUAUGGGUGCUGAUUUGCCAGAAAAUGAGCGGAAGAAGUUUGCAGCGCAAGCUAUCAAUGCUCUCAUGCGGGAAAUGUGA